CAUUGUUAAUUUCAUUAAUAAGUUUUUAUUUGAGCAGGAAUAAAAGCUGUGGUGUGUCCUUUUGUCCAGCAGGUGGCCGGAGCUGAGAAACAAACUUCCAUUAUUAUUAUUUAUUUAAGAUUUACAGAUCUUGCUCUGAUAAAAAAAAAAAGUCACAGGUUCGAGAAGCCUGAGGACAUGAAACCUUAAGGAGAAAAGUCAACUACAACUCCCAGGGUGCAUUUCACCGACAAAGACCCAAUCACAGAGCUUUAAUUCUGUCGCGUGCUCUGCUAGCAGUGAGUAGAAGCUAAAGAUGAAACGGUAAAAACACUCGGCGGUUUAAACGACGUCAUUUUCAGAUUCAGGGACAGUUUGUCGGUGAGUUCAGUAACUAACGCGACACCUCGGUUCAUUAAUUACGUAAAGAAACGUUUUCAAUUCGCUUCGACUUUGAUUCCCGCCUCUGACCGGCUUCGUCCUCAGAGAGCCUCAUGGGAGUUGUAGUAUGUAGAGCCGCCGCCAUGUUAAGAGGACGGACUGAAGCUGACCUCUCUGACACGAAGAGUAAACUAUUAUUAGUAUUAGUAUUAUGUGACUAUCGGAACAUGAACCUGUGUGUUGGUUCUCGGAUCCAGGAGAGUCACGAGGUUCUGUGUUGAGGAACACGGAGAACGCAGUGCUGUCAGCCGGUCCUCCCACCGCCGGGGGCGCUGUCUUCAGAGUCACUGCAGUGCUGUUAGCCGGUCCUCCCACCGCCGGGGGCGCUGUCUUCCCCGCGCCGCCCCCGUGUUUAGUCGUUUCCACGGCAACAGAACAGUCGCUCUGUUUGUGUGUGAUGUUUCAACAGCAGGAGCUCACCUGAACCGUGUGAAGCACCGUGAAGUUGGAGAAGUUGAUUUGUUGUUGAUUUGUUGUCUUUCACCUGAACAUGCUGCUGAGCCAGAAGGGAACCGGGGGUCGGGAGUUCACCGGGCCGACGCCUCACUCCGCGGCCGUGGUGAGACACCGAGCCCCCGCUAACUCAGAGAGAGCCAAGUUCCCGCCGUCCCGGCCCGUGGACCACCUGAUCCUGGAGAGGCAGAAACAGGACGCGGCCCGGGAUGAGGUCCUGGACUUCACCAGGUACCAGCAGACCUGCGACGUCAAGAACUCGUGGCUGAAGAGUUCAGACCGUCACUUCCUGAGAGGAGCCAUCGAGAGGGAAGUGAGAGCUGCUGUGAAGCAGAACGAGUCCGACAUCGACGAGAGGAGACGCAGGCUGGCCGAGCUGCUGGAGGCCGAGCAGCAGCAGCUGCUGCAGGAGCUGGAGGAGAAGAAGGAGACGACGGUGGAGAGACAGAACAAGAUGAGAGAGAGAGCCCGACUCCUGAGGGAGAGGAGAGAGAGCGAGAGACAGCAGCUGGUGUCACACAAGCUGGAGCAGCUGUUCAUAGAGCGCUGCGAGGAGCUGCGCACCGUCCAGAACCGGCGGCGGGAGCAGCAGGUGUGCGCGGAGCGAGCCUCUCAGGUGAGGAGCCGACAGGAGCGACUACAGCAGCGGCGGGAGGAGGAGCGGCUGUUCGACCAGCUGUGGGAGGCGGACCGGCGAGCCAAAGACGAGAGAGAGAGGCGGCGAGCGCAGACGCAGCAGCUGAGGAACCAGGAGCAGCUGAACGUCCUGAAGACUCAGGUGGACGAGGCCGAGCGGCAGAGACUCAGGGACAAGGAGCUGAAGGACGAGGAGGCGCGACUCAUGCUGCAGCAGCAGGAGACGCAGCUCCUGCAGGAGCAGCGGGAGCAGCAGCAGAGGCAGCAGGCUCAGCACACCAGACGUCAGCAGCUGGAUCAGGGUCUGAGGCUGAAGAUGAGGCGUCUGGCCCGAGAGCAGCAGGACGAGCUGCAGCUGGACAUGAGCAUCCUGCAGCAGCUGCUCCGACAGGAAACUGACCAGAAACAGGAAGCUGCUCAGAGGAAGGUGGAGCUGCGUGAGGAGCAGCAGAGGUACCGACAGUAUCUGUAUGAGGAGCUGCAGAGACAGAGGAGGGAGGAGCAGGAGACGGAGCAGCUGAUCGAAGACAAGCUGAGGGAGACCUGGGCCCGGAGGGAGGAGCAGAACCGCCUGCAGAGGGAGGCCAGGAACCGACUGAUGGACCAGGUCCUGGAGGCCCGACGCCUGCAGAUCCAGCAGAAACUGGUUCUGAACCAGCAGAAACAGGCGGAGCUUCAGAGAGAGGGGGAGGAGCUUCAGAGAACGAUGGAGGAGAUGAAGCUGAAGGACGAGGAGGAGAAGAGACGUCAGAGGCAGACCUCGGAGGCGUACCUGGCCGACCUGAGGGCUCAGGUGCGGCAGCAGCAGCAGCUCAGGUGUGAGGAGAGGGCGGAGGCUCAGAGGGAGCAGCAGCAGGGUCUGAUCCUGCAGCAGCUCUACGACCACAAGGUGGACCAGAUCCUGUCCAGACCCACCUCCCACACCACGGCCCCCCACCCCUUCAGGAGAGCGGAGGGGCCCAGCUCUGCCCCCAGACCCACAUAGACCCGCUGGACUCAGUCCGGAUCCAGGAGUCUCCAUGACAACCAGCUGGUCUCUGAUUGGUUCAAAUAAAAUGUUCUGUCACCAACA